AUGGCUUGUCUCCCUCCGAGAAAAACACCUUACAAUAAAAUUUCGAAACAAGACGCAAACCCACUUCAAAUACUUUUACAAAUGGGUUUCCCUAAAAACCGAGCUUUGAAAGCUUUGGCGGCUACUGGCAAUCGUAGUGUCCAAUUGGCGUCUGACUGGCUCUUGACUCACGUGAAUGAUGCACACAUAGAUACUGAGGAGCCCCGCGAGUACAUAUUGUAUGCCAGCCCAACUGGUCCUCUUUUGAUUCAAUUACUUAAAUUCUGGGACAAAUCAAAAAUUGAAGGAUGGAAUGGAGCACACAAUUUUCCUCCACAUAUCACUCUUAUUCCCUUUUUUAAGGCAGGUGAUAAUGUCUCUCUGCAGUUAGGUAAAGCAGUUAAACAGGCAGUGGAAACUGUGGGAUUACCUCCAUCAUCUACUUUAAAAUGGGAGCCUUACAUGUCACCUAAUUUUAUGGGACUUUUUAUUUCUGAUGAACAUGCAGAAUAUUUAAACAAAAUUGCCUUGCAAUAUGCUAGAUUGGUUUCCUCUCUUUCGGGUGUAAAGAUACAUAAUAAUGGGAGCUCAGAAAACUGCACAGUACCUGAAGAACAUUCUAAUUCAUCUAUUACCGAACCACAGACCAAGUCUCUACACUUAACUUUAGCUUACCAUUUUGAUGUGUCAUCAUAUGAUGGUCUGAAAAAGUUGGUGGAUGAGAUAGAGUUAACCGAAGUGGAAUCACCUACUUGGGAGAUACGAUUAUACUCUCGAGAUCCACGAUUUGCUAAUCAUCAGGUAUAUAAAGUAGUGCAGAGUUAUGUGCCCGAAGCCAGUGACGAAUUGGAGCUGGUACCAGGUGAUUAUGUGUACAUUGAAGAGAACCAAUUCGAUAGUUCUCCCGACGGCUGGGUGUUCGGCACUUCUUGGCUCACUGCCAAGUUUUCGCGUCAGAGGUCUAAGUGGGCAGUUGCCGGGCGUGUACACUCGUCGUACACCGAUUCCGACGCUUGGACGUUGCAUCGCGCCAUCUCCUUGACUACAAAUAAGAGCAGUGACAGUAAAUUCGAUUCAGGCUCGAAUAAUAACGUAGAAAUGGCGACAAACUACCCGCACGAAGACGCGGAGAAACUUGGCUAUGAAAAAUCCGAAGAAACAUAUAAAGUAUGGGAACAAUAUUGGAAAACUGCUAUAGAACAUAAAACUGAAAAUAUUUUAAAUGCCACCCAAGAUGCGGAAGGAAAAACCAAUGGGGCCAGCAAAAACGGAGACAUGAAUGUAGGCAAAAGUGGCAAAAGCAAUGGUGUAGAUGAAAAUAGCAAAGCAGAUAGGCGUUGGAUAUUCGCAAUGCGUCACGGCGAGCGCGUCGACCUCACGUACGGCUCGUGGGUGCCCUUCUGCUUCGAUGAAAACGGCGUCUACACGCGCAAGGAUCUCAACAUGCCGUUGACUCUCGCUCAGCGAGAGGGCGGAGCGGAGUCGUACGCCAAGGACGCGCCGCUGACCCGCGUGGGGCAGAUGCAGGGGUACCUGGUGGGCGAGGGGCUGCGCGCCGCCGGCGUGUCGCUGCGGCACGUGUACGCGUCCCCCUCGCUGCGCUGCGUCGAGACCGCGCACAACCUCCUGCAGGGUUUCCGAAGUGAUCCAUCCCUGAAAGUUCGAAUUGAACCUGGUCUCUUUGAGUACAAGAUGUGGCACGCAGCAAAAGGCAUGGGACCUUUCAUGACACCCAUGGAAUUGCACAAAGCUGGCUACAAUGUGGAUCUGAACUAUAAACCAUAUGCGGAAAUGGAUGUUCAUGCCCCUGAAACUAUAGAAGAAUUCUAUAAAAGAAACGAGCUUGUCAUACAGUCAGCUGUGAAGGACACCGAGGCUGAAGGUGGCAAUAUAAUAUUCGUGGGGCACGCGACAACCCUAGACUUAAUGGUGACAGCCCUGAAGCGUCUGCAGCAAGGCAAGGCGCAGUACCCCGAGUACCAGCUGACCAAGUUCCUCAACCGUGUGCCGUACUGCGCGCUGGCCGCCAUGCGCGACCGUCCGCUCGAGCUCGUGUCGCCGCCCUGCCCGCCGUCCAUCAACUCCAGCUCCGGACGGUUCGACUGGAAAAUGUUGAUGGAUAUUGCUAAUGAA